UCUUCAGUAUGAAAGAAACUGCCGUCAAAGUCUGUUGUGCUGCGCCACGUCUGUUUGGCUUUGACUGGCUCGCUAGCUAUCGUCUAUUUUGUUUUAUCCAAAUCUAAUGUGCGUGUCUUCCGUCAUUAUCAGACGAUACUACGUAUCUUGCUCGACCUUCAAAAAUUUCUGGGAAGGCGCGUUGUUUAGUGUUAUUGUCGUUGGCUCUGUGGCAUGGGUCGUGAAGUGCGGCUGAAGAAACUCGUUGCAGUUUGCAGAAACCCAACAGCUUAACGACAUUUGCGAGAACAACAAUCCAUUUGUUGACUUUAAACUGCGAAAAAAUUCAGUAAAGAACGAACUCUACAAGGUCAAAUUCGCGCACAACAUCUAUCGCAUCUCAGUAACCUCUUCAUCAUGGAUCUACGGCAGCUUAGCGUUGACCAGAAAAACAUUUUAAAACAGUUUCGCGAAGCGGUCAGGGAUUGCAAUUUACCCGAAUCGGACGAUGUGUACCUUCUACGAUGGCUCGUCGCUCGUGACUUUGAUUUGGCAAAAUCUGAAAAAAUGCUACGUAACUCGAUGAAUUGGCGACGCAAGUAUAAAAUCGACUCUUUGCGAGAGUGUUACCAGUCUCCGGAAGUGUUGACCAAAUACUUUGCUGCUGGCCACAUUGGCGUCGAUAAGUUUCACAGCUAUCUGAUGGUCAUGCGAUACGGAUUGACGGAUGUCAAGGGCAUCCUCCUUUCAGCCAAAAAAAAAGAUUGUGUUAUGCAUGUGCUUACUUUAGUGGAGAACUACUUCUCAGUCGUGAAAAAUGAUCCAGUUAAAUUCAAGCGAUCGGCAGAUGCCAUCUCCCAAACAACUGUCAUCCUAGACUUGGAAGGAUUCUCCAUGAAUCACAUCACCUACAAGCCAGUCAUCGAUACGGUUAUUCAAUUGAUCCAAUUGUAUGAGGCAAACUAUCCGGAAUUUCUCCGGCGUGUAUUCAUUAUCAACGCACCCAAGAUUUUUUCCAUACUGUUCUCCAUGUUGGUACCUUUUAUGCACGAGCAGACUAGGAAUAAGAUACUCAUCUUCAAUCAAGAUUCCACCCAAUGGAAAGCAGCUCUUUUGGCAGACAUUGAUCCGCAAGAGUUGCCCGUUUGCUACGGAGGAACAAUGACCGAUCCCAACGGAAAUCCUUACUGCACUACAAAAGUUAACAUGGGUGGAGUCAUUCCAAAGUCGUACUACUUUAGCUGCAAACCUGACACUAGGAACAAGCAGCCAUUGUCAAUCUCCAGGGGAGCCAAAGAAUUAUUGGAAUUCCAAGUCAAUCAAGCUGACACUGUUCUAAGAUGGGAUUUCCAUUCUGAAGAUAGUGACAUCGCAUUCGCCGUGUAUAGGAAGCAGGGCAGUGAAUUGAUCCCGAUCGUUCCUCACGAUCGAGUCGAUUGUGACGUAGCUUCCGAGGAGGGAGAAAUCGAUUGUGAUAUUAGCGGUGUCUAUGUGGUAGAGUUUGACAAUAGCUUCAGUUACCUUCGCUCAAAGAAGAUUUGGUAUUCGAUUACGAUCGAAUAACAAGAAGGAAAUUAACGUGAACGGUAUGUUUAAACUACGAAAAGCGAUUGAAUUUUUGGAGGUUACGUAGUAAAACUGUAGAUGAUGGGUGCCACAUAACCAUAAGAUGAUACAAUUAAUGCAAUAAAGUACAAUAAACGAAAUUCUUUUUUGUU